AAUUCAAAUUUAAAUUUAACUUCACCCGCCAUUUUACCAACUUCCAACCGGCGUCGAUCAUAACCCCAAAAAUUUAAAGUACAAACCGCGUUAAAACCACAAACAUGUGUUUUACAACAAUAUUAGAAGGAUGUGGAGUGAAACUAUCCACAGACGAGGCUGUUCCCCAUCGCCUCACACAAGAACUACCCUUAAUCCGAUGUGAAUUACGUGCUAAACUAGCCGAUGAAACCGAACGUCAUGACUUUAUCCAACAAAUGAAAGAAUAUCUGCAAGAUGACGAGUCAUUCACACUCGCCAUCACGAAAACAACGCUGCACAAAGCAAAAUGGAGCAGUGAGAAGCUACAGGAAAGUAUCAUGCACCUAUUUCUUACUAUUGACCAACUAAAACCCACAGCAAUGAGUCUCUUACUAGAAAAGCUCCCACAUAAAGUCAUCGAGAAUGACAUAGCAUUCGUAAAAACGCGCUGGAGAGUUUAUGCAGCUUAAACAACUCAAACAAUGAAGAUACACUCGCAGAACACCUUCUAGAGAAUUUAGACGUAGCUGAAAUCGCCAUCAAAAUGGAACUUUUACACUAUUUACCUAGAAUUUUAUCAAGUGUAAGUGAUACAAUCGCAUCCAGACUUUUGACACUCAUAGAAGAGAAUGAAGACUUAGCAGAAGCCGCAAUAAACUGCCUGAAACCAUUCAGAUACUCCCAGAAAGUCAAGAUGGAGAUUCUAAUCUUUAUUUUCAAUCGCCUGCUGACCAGCCGCAGAUAUUACCCGAUAUUUCCAUCGAUUCUCGAAUUAUUAUUCAAUUGCUAUGAUGACAUGGCGCAGAUUUUCGACAAAACUCGUCCUACGAUGGAUAAAAUCAUGUCCAGCGAAAUGACAGACUUAAAAUUAUCACUGCAUAACAUUUUAAGCAUGGAAACAACUCCAUGCAGGCAAGUAUACGCCGCCAUUUUGAAAUCAACUACACCCGAAGAAACCAAACCGAUUGACAUUUAUCUUCUGCUUCUAAUCUACAUAAACGACAAAUUAAAGUGUAAAGUGAUCGAUGUGAUCAUCAAACGCAAAGUAAAAGGUAAAAACUUUUCAAUUGACGUGUGGGAAUCACUCUUUGAUAAAUAUUUCGUUGAAAAAAGUUUUAUAUCUCUACAUUCCGCCAUUUUGGACGUGGCUAUAUCACUAAUCGAGUCACAAUCACCAGCGAAUGUUUGUUUCAUGGAAGUUGGCAUGUUUAUAUAUAAAAACAAUUCGCGCAUGAAUAUUGCACUGAUCCACUGCGCAAACGCAUGCUUUUCAAGGUGCGUGAAGUCCUGACAUUCAAAAAGCAAGAGUAUCGAUGUUUAUUUAAAGAUGUUGUUGGAUAUGUCUAAGGAAGGGAUGUUUGAAUCAUAUUGUGAUAAUAUCAUGCCAUUUAUCGGCCUGUAUGAAAAGUUAUCACCGAGAAACAUGAAAUUUAUCUUCGAAAUUGUCUGUGAGAAUGUUGUGAAAGACACGAAUUACAUUGACAACUUACAGCAGGAUAUCACAAAGAUGUUGAUGGUUUGGAACAAUACACGGACAAAAACCGGUGUUAUCGGUGCUGUUUUACUCGCAAAAUAUCAAUCUUUAUCAACUGGUACUUCAACGAGUACCCUAAACGAAUCAUCAAUGGAAUUAGGUAAUAAUUCACAUCGUCAAGCAAUUAGUCUGCUGGAUUUCACAAAGAAUAAAUGCCAGAACAAUGCUGCAUUCCUCGGACUCUUCUAUGAUGAAUUAGCAAUGUCUCUGAAUGUAAACACAAGCGACAAUGUUUUAUCUCAUUUAGUUUUUGAUGUGCAAAUGCAAUUCGAAAAAGUCUAUGUUUCUAUUGAAGUGGAAUCAAAUCCUGAUCAACGUGUACCGUUAAAAGUUCAAUUUGAUUUGAAUGCAGCUCAGGAAGUCGAUCAAUCUAUUUUCAUAAACAUUGGAGGUUUGCUACAGAAACAAAACUCUUCCCAGAUGAAAAUAUUGAUUCUACCAGCGAUAUUUCGAUUCCUGUGGAGUGUAACACGCUUCAGGUAUCAAGGAAACAUGGAAUCUAUCGAUGCGUUGUUAGGUUGCGGUGUUUUACUGCCUGACAUUGAAGAAAUCGACAGUUUUGGCCAAGCGGAUCUGCCUCUAGUCGCAAAUUGUUUGUUUCUUUGCAUAAAUUGGUUCAGGGAAUUAGUCAGCGCAUUUGUAACUCAAGCCAAUGAUGAUAUAAGACUGAAAGUCAUCCAACGAGUGGAACAUAUCAUCCUGUUGGAAGAUAAACUCGAAGAAACAAUGGCGAUGAUCCCGGAUCAUAAACUACCACAGAGUUACUUCUAUGAUGAAGCAGAAGCACCUAGAAGUGCUUCAACCAGCGCAAUAAAACGUCCCAGAUAUGAUACGACGAUAAACAUGACUGGAGCAAGCGCUUCAGGUAAAAAAUCACUGAAAAAACGUUUUUAUGAUUUUCGUGAGAUGGAUAAUGGCGUGAUGCGAUUAUUAAAGUAUCCUGUUAUCAGCGCACAGAUUUCUACAUCACAAGCACAAACAUUACGCAGUAAACAAUUCCAAUUCAUACUUAGAGACUCAAUAUGCAAGUUGGGAUCAUUAAUGAACCUACGACCUAGAGCAGAGACAAUGAAUGAAGUCACUGCACAGAAUCUGCUUCGUGGCAUGGAGAAACUCAUGCCCUAUGUGCAUAAACAAUUCUGUCUAGUCGCCAUGGAGUUAUUCACGUUAAUCACAAACAACGACGAAGAAGAUUCACAAGCUUUCUUUGAACCACACACUGUAGAACUCAAAAUAUCCUUUGAUCUUGUCAUUAAUCUCUAUAAACUCAUUUUUUCAUGGUCAGGCUUUCAACUGUCAGAAAACCGUGAGUUAUUGAACAAAUUCCUGAAGUAUUUUCAUGCAGCUGAGAAUUCUUCACUGGCAACCCAACAAACACAAACUCAGAUGAGUCUUGAUACUUCAACAAGUACAAAUGAACAGAAAAAGAUGUUUAUAGAGAAUAUGUCGAAGUAUAAACAGCGAUGUUUAGUGCUUUCGAGUGCUGCAGCUCUCUUAGAACUUUUAAUCACCUUAAGAGGUUAUAUGUCUUAUCAAUUACAAGAAGCUGAUACGAUUAUAGUGCAAACAGCGAAAGUUUUCCUCAAAAAGUCUUGGUUUUCUUUAACUGGUGCACCUGAACAUGGCAGAGAGACAAACGAUCACCUUAAAUUAAUCAUCACAGCAUAUUUGAAUAAUACAAAUGUGAAAACUCUCAAUGGAAUUGUAAAUACACUCACAACUGAAGUAACAGAAUUAAAGUCGAAGAAAGAUGCAUUGCAAACAUUCCAAGCCAUAGAUAAAUCAAACAUUCACAUAAUGAUGAAAUGUGUUUGUUUUGCUUUACAAACUAAACUAAAGAGUGAAUUGUCUACACAAUUACCAAUCGAUGAAUUAUCCCUGUGGAAUUAUGCAGUGUUAAGCUUAGAAAAGUUGAUCGAUGUUGCUUUACCACUGAAAAGUCAUACUUUUCUGCUUAAUUUAGCAAAAACAUCACUAGCAAUAGUAAACUUAUUCCAAAAAAGUGGUUUUACUACAAUCGGGAAGGUUCUAAAGAAAAACCUGAAGAAGUGCAGACAUUAUUCACUAAUUGGGAGAGUGUUAUGCGAUCUGCAUAGAUUGGCAUGUGAAGCAGUCACGAAACGAAUGAAAGCUUUCCUAUCACUUGUUCCUGCUGUCCGAGCAACUUUAGAAAAAUUCGUUUUGAAUGUCAAGAAAGUUAUGGUCAACUUCAAAUGCUCCGUUGCGUUUUACGAAGGCAUUUUAACCAAUAAAAACCUUGAAGGUGAACAAAUCCUAACACAAAACAGCAGUACGACUGAUCUGGAUGAUGAAGAAGAUGAAUUGGAUCUGUUUGAUGUUGAUACUAAUUUGAUAAGUGAUGCUGGUGAACAAUCAGCCAGCGAAAUUUUUUGACUAAUUGAAAAAACAAGCAGAAUUACUUACUUUUUCAGUUUGA